AUGCAUGAUCUUGUUCUUGCUUUUGUGGUAGGUAGAGUUUCUAAUGGUGAUCCCGCCUGGAUUAUUAAUCAUGGCUACGUGUUCAAAUGGGGUAGAGAUGAAAUGAGUGAGUCUUACCAAAAAAUGUCAUUAACAUGCAGGGGUCUAUAUGAGUUUCCUAGAGAAUUCAAGUAUCCAAACGUGGAUCUUUUACUACUUAUGAAUGGGGAUGAGUCGGUAAGGUUUCCGGAAAACUUUUAUGAGAAUACGGAACAUCUUCAAGUCAUAGCAUACUAUGAAAUGUCGUAUCCAUUGCUUCCAAGGUCCCUUAAAUGCUCUACAAACCUAAAAGCACUUUGUCUCCAUAAUUGCAAAUUGAUGUUUAAUGAGUGCUCCUUCAUUGGAGAUCUUGUGAAUUUGGAAGUGUUGAGCUUUGCGCAUUGUGCAAUCCGCAAGUUACCGGCUACCAUAGCGAAUCUGAGAAAGCUAAAACUACUAGAUUUGACAGGAUGUGUUGACCUUCAUAUUGAUGAUGGUGUCUUCAUAAACUUAAAACGUCUUGAAGAGCUUUAUAUGAGAGUUUCUGAAGGGAAAGCUGUUAGAUUCACAAAUGACAAUAUUGAAGAACUGAGGAUGCUUUCAAGCCAACUUUGUGCAUUGGAGGUCGAGUACGUUGAGAAAAACACCUGGCCAAAAAAUUUUUCCUUUAAGAAACUUGACAAGUUCAAGAUAUCUAUAGGAUGUCUAUUGGAAGAAGAAGAGUAUGAUGAAAAAUGUUGUUUUGAAAAAACAUUGAAGCUUGUGACUGAGUGUAGCAGCCAACUUGAGGCUUGCAAAAUUAAUGAUAUGUUCAGAAAAACAGAGCAUCUUCAUUUACAAGUAAAUGAUAUGAUUGGUCUUGAAGAUAUUUCAAUCAGUCCAUAUGGUCAACGCUCAUGUUGCUCUUUAAUAGAGCUUGAGAUUUCUAAUUGUGUAAAGUUGAUAUACCUCUUCCCAACGUCGGUGGCAAGUGGUUUGAAGAAACUUGAACGCCUCAGAGUUUGGUCAUGCUCUGUUUUGAAAGCGCUGGUAAAAGAUGAUGGAAGGGAGAUUCAUAGUGCAGGUGAGAUGAUUAAAUUCGAGAAGCUAAAGUUUUUGUCUUUGAGUGGCCUACCAAAACUGGAAAUAUUGUUCAGCAUUGAGAAUGUAGUUGAUCUACCACAACUCGUUAAAUUGGAAGUUGACGAGCUUCCCAACUUCACUAGCAUUUAUCCUGACAAGAACAAUGGUUGUGCACUCUUGAAUAGUCAGGUUAGAAUUUCAAAGUUGGAGGAACUGAGUAUAAAAUCUAUGAAGAAUUUGAAGCAGAUAUGGGGUGUUUCUAGUGGGGAGGAUGAUAAUAAUAAUAAUAUGUCAACGUUGAGAAAGAUUAGGGUGCAGGGGUGUGAUAGUCUUAACCAUCUAGAAGAACUUGAAGUUAGAGGAUGUAGGUCCAUUGAAGUGCUAUUCAACAUAGACCUAGAAUGUGUUGGCCAAGUUGAACUACUUACCAACACCACUUUGAGAAGCAUUCGCGUGGUUAGAUCUGAAAACGUAAGAGAGGUGUGGAGGAUAAAAGGUGGUGAAAAUAACUACUCUAGUAAACUCACAUGUGCCUUUGAAGCUCUUAAAUGGAUAGACAUUUUUAAUUGUAAAAGGUUUAGAAACAUAUUCACACCAACCAACACCAACUGCAAAUUUCAUAUGCCAGCACUAACAACAAUGAGAAUUGAGUACCCAAGAACCAUACACUCUCAAGGGAAGAGAGAGAUGAUAUUAGAAGGAAUUAAAGUGUUUACACAACUGUCGUUGUUGUCGCAGGUUUCUUCAAGGGAAGAGAGAGAUGAUAGUAUUUCUACUGUUGCGUUCCCAUCCAAUCUCAUACACUCUUUCCAUAACCUUCAACAACUUUCUAUGGAGAGCUAUGAUAGUGUGGAUGGGGUGUUUGAGAUAGAGAGUAGUCCUGCAGGUGGUAGAGAAUUCGUAACAACUACAAAUAAUCAAAAACCACUGCUACCCAAUCUCCAAUACUUACAUUUACAGGGUAUGCAUAGCAUUAGUCGCGUGUGGAAGUGCAGCAACUGGAAAACAAUCUUAAUUCUUCAAAAUCAAUCCUCAUUCCAAAACCUCACGACCAUACUAAUAUGGGAUUGCAAAAGGAUUAAAUACCUGUUUUCACCUCUCAUGGCAAAACUUCUUUUGAACCUAAAGGAAAUUGAUAUAUUUAGGUGUGAAGGUAUGGAAGAAGUUGUUUCAGACAGAGAUGAUAAAGAUGAAGAAAUGGCUACUUCAUAUACAACAACCACUUUCUUUCCUCAUCUUCAUUCUCUCUCUCUUGCAACGCUGGAAAAUCUAAAGCGUAUUGGUGGUGGUGUUGGUGCCAAGUCUUCAACUGGUAUCACCACUCAUGAUCAGUUUGAGUCUUCUCAUGUUACAACAAUUGUUCCUUGGUCUUUAUGCCAAUACUCUGAAGAUAUUCUUAUAGAUGAAUGUGAUUCGUUAAUGGAGGUAUUUGAAACUCAAUGGAUCAAAAACAACAUUGGUGGUGGUAUUACUAGUACUAGCAUUGAUGAAGGACAGAGUGAUACCCAUAAUACAUUACUGGUCAUUCCAGGCCUAGAAAAUAUUAAUUAUGUGCCUCGAUUGGUUAACCUAAAGAAGUUGGUAAUCAAAUCUUGUAACCUUUUGAAGCAUGUAUUCACGUUUUCCACACUUGGAAGCCUUAAACAACUCGAAGAGUUGAUGAUAAACACGUGCAAGGCAAUGGAAGUAAUUGUGAAGAAAGAAAAUGAAGAGCAAAGAAAUGUUGUGGACUUUCCUCGUCUGAAGUCCCUUGAACUAAAAGAUCUACCAAAUCUUAAGGGUUUCUUCUUGGGGAUGAAUGACUUCCAAUGGCCAUCACUGGAAAAAGUUAUGAUUGAUUAUUGCCCAAAAAUGAGUGUGUUCACAUCAGGUCAGUCAACAGCUAAGAAGCUCGAGUACAUGCAUACAAGCUUAGGCAAAUAUAGUCUUGAAUGUGGCCUUAACUUUCCCGUGACUGAACUUCAUCAGUGGCCUUUUCAUAAUUUGAUUGAAUUACAUAUGGAAGGGAAGAGUGAUGUUAAAUAUGUUAUUCCCUCCAAUGAGUUGCUACACCUGAAAAAGCUGGUAAGGAUUAAAGUAAAUCGUUGUCCUGAUUUAGAGGAGGUGUUUGAAGUAGAAGAAGCCAUGGAAGAGGGAUUGGGAUUGGAGUUACUUUUCAGGGAAGAAGAAGCAAUGAAAGGGAUAAAUAGUGGUUUAGUUAAAUCCCAAACUGUUGUUGAAAUUCCAAACUUAAUGCAUGUGGAAUUGCAAAAUCGGUUGAGUCUCAAGUAUAUAUCAAGGAGCAAUCAUCAUGGGAUAUUACUGAAGUUUUCAAACCUAACAACACUCUCUAUUCAUCAUUGUGAAAGUUUAGAACAUGUGUUUACUAGUUCCAUGCUUGGUAGUCUACAACAACUUCAAGACCUACAUAUAAGUGACUGUCCAAACAUGGAGGUAAUUGUGAGGGUAGAAGGAGAAGAAGAAGAAGAAGAAAUUGAAUGUGAAGCUGAAGUGAAGUGA